GGUUGAACUUAUUAACUGUCGACUGUUCCUCAAUUGCCCUCAAACCAUGAUGUGACAACUUGUAUCAUGAUAAUGUGAAACCGCUGAUUUUGUUUGAUGUCUGCCAGUUAAAAAACACAUAGAUAAGGAAAGAAGAACUUAGAUUCCGCUGUAAUUUGGAGGUAAAUUUUUAGUUUGCUGAUUCAUCAUAAUGUUUGCACACUUAUUUAAACGCUUUAAUUUGGAGGUAAAUUUUUAGUUUCCUGGUUUAUGAUGUUUGUACACUUGUACGUAUUCUGAGAACCACUGAAAGUGCCUAUCGCAUUCAUAGCGAAACGUAGCCAUAUUUCAAAGCUUUUGAACAGCACAAUCCCCCACGGUUAACCAAAUGCAGUGAAGAAAAAUUUCAAGAUUGCAUAACUAACGCUACUUCCUUAUGAUAAAUCACUAUUAUUCAUGUUUUAAAGAGUAAGAGUGAAGUUCGAGAUUUUUGAUGAAGCGCUUCGUAUUUGCAGAGCUGUAUUUUCGUUUUUGUUCUAUCAUCAAUUAAUUCUGUAUUGUUGCAUGCUGUGUACGUCAGUUUAGCUGAAGCCAGACAUGGAGUUACGGGAACAGCUUUUAAAACAAGUUUCGUUGAAGCCAUUCCUUGAAUUAAGGCUACGUAGUUUUUGUUAACAGAAGCUGUAGUAAUAUGAAUGUAUAUAACCAGGAGCUUAAUAAGAACGACUGAAGCGCGGAUUUCCGAUUUAUUAUCUAAAAUUUAUGAUCAGUGCCGUUGUACCUCACUUUAUUAGGCAAUCAUCUGGCUGCUUUCGGUUACAGCUCUUCUCGCUCUUAAUGUUUCCGCAGAUAGUCUUGCUUCCGUUUAUUUAAUUUCAUUUUACUCCUUUUUUUGGACAACGUUCCCCUUUUUUUUUUUAAUCUCCACAAAUUUCUCGAUAAAAUUGCCGAAGAAAUGUCCUUCUGAUAGGAUUUCGUGAGAGGCUUUCAUGUUAAAGGAGCAAAUGUUUUCCUAAAGCUGCCACUCAAUCCCAGUCCCCUUACGCUAACAGAAAGAUCAAUAAAUAUCAUGAAGUAAUUCCUUACAGCUGCUGAUGUUGACUUGUGUGCGCGCAUCAGGGAAACGUGAUUUCAUCCACACCAGAUAUAUGGUAAGUUUAAUGUCUCUGUCACCAAUUUUCCUAAAUACUUAGCUGUGUUCCUGACUUUAAAAUUGUCAGUUGAAGUUUGUCUGCGUAAUGCUUAGGCCUGGAGGGCUGUAUUGUGAAUUUCUACGAUUACUUUCGGUUUCGAUGAUAUGGCCGCUCGAACAUUAGCUAUUUUCCACGGCGCCAGAGACUAAUAAGGACAAAUUUAAUAAGAUUUUUGGAGAGUUGUUAGCUGAAACUUGCUUUUUGUGAACAAACAAGCUACCAGACGGUAAAGUGCCAGACGAAUAAUUAUAAUGUAGGUGUUUACGGCAUAAAGUGAUUUGCAUAUUUUUUAGUGCAUAUUUUAUGUUUCUAAGUGUUAUUGUGAAGCGAGCGAUUUUCAGUUUCCAAAAUUUGAAAAGUAAUACUUUCAUUGAACUUUGAUUGUCUGAUUAUGUACAAAGUUCAGCUGGUUGAAGGAAAUUCUGCCGUCCAACUUGCGACACUACAUCAUCUACCUUAUCUCGUUUGAAUAUUUUAGUUUUAGUGACGAUUCCCUCUAAGGUGCUAAAGCUCUGUUUAUGGGCAGUUUCUUACAAUCAUAUCUUUCUUUUAUCAUUGGUUUUCGACAUGCCUAUAAGUAGUUUUCAAGGCCAAAAGACAGACGACUUACAGUUGCCAAAACGAACAGAUUUUCAACUCCUCCUUCCGGACCGUCUAUUGGUGUUUUUCUUAUUACAAUGGCUGAACACACCCCCAACAAUCCCACAAUUUAAUUGUUUGGCUCAGCAUGUGUCCCCUCUGGGUUAAUCUUUAUCUUUUGAAGACGACAUAACUUUUUCGCCAACCCUCAUCUUGGGGCGAUCUGUAGAAUUUAAAAUUACCUGUAUCAGUACUUUUAUUGUUUCCGAUAAAGAAACGGUCAACUGCAAGUUAGUCUGAUUCGGCCAUAUUGUUUUCAAAUUAUUUUACGUGUACGCUCGAAUAAGUUUAUUGGGUAUUUUUUCCAUAAAUAGUGCUUUGAUGAACCAGGAUCAACCAAAGUAUAUCAUUUACAUUAUAAUCAGUGCAAUUCACGCUUUGAAAACAGGAUAUUAAGCAAUAUUUUCCAAGUUCUGUUAGGCAACAUUCAACAUUGUACAUGUUCCUAUGAUUUUCACGCUUUCACCUACACAAACAAAAAUCUGCGCCUCAGUUGAUAUCUUGAAGGAAAAUCGAACGAUUCCAUCUCUUUAACUCAGUUCUAAAGAGCAGCAAAAAAUAUAUCAAUUCCCAGCUUUUAAUAUUAAAUCUGUUUUAGCAGUUAUAAUUAUUUUGUCAAAAAUAUAUAUCAGAAUUCGUCUUAAAAGUUAUUAUUAACAUGCAUAAGGCUCCUGUAGAUGUCUUUUUGAAAGUCCUCUUAGAAUGUGAGCCCACUGGUUCACUGCCAUUAACCCUUUAAACUCUAAAAGUGACCAGCCUCUAAUUUCUCCUAACAAUAUCACCCCUGAAUCAAACAUUAACUCUUUAACUCCCAGAAGUGAUCAACAUGAGACUUCUCCUAGUAAUAUUCUUACAUUAUCCAGCAAACAGGUCAUGAGAAUAUUCAAACUUAUCAGGAAGAAGUUAUUAUUUUGAUGUAACACCAAAUUCUGGUGAUAAAUUUACAUGGAAAUGUCUAGGAGCGAGAGGGGAAAAUUAACAAUCGAGUCUUGGGAGUUAAAGGGUUAAGGUCACAGGAAUUGAAGAAAUGAUCUGCAACUAAAAAGCUCUUGAUAGUUAGACAAAUUUUCCUCAUCAGCAUGUUAGGAAUUGUUCAGAGAACAGUAGGGAGAAUGUGCAUACUGAUGUUAGGGUGCCAAGGGUUUAGAGGUAAAAUUGUAAUCUCCCGCUAAGUAGAUUUUUUCUAAGACCUUUAUUUGAAGCUGUGCAUGUGCCAGAAAUUUACUAGUAACCAAUAUAUUUUAUUUUGUUUUGUCUUGGCAGGUAUUGGUACUAAAACAAAUCACUGACUGGUAAAUUUGAGAGGACUUAAUACUCCCAUAAAAACCAUAACCUCUUACAAGAGGGUAACCGUAUGGCUUCAGGAAGUGAGCCUUCUUGUAAGGACCAUCCUGCAGAGCUUGCCAAGUUCUUGUGUCAAACCUGUAAUGAUGUAGUCUGUAGAAACUGUGUUGUUAGGGAAGGUCACAGAAACCAUAAGUACAUGUCCAUUCAAAAUGCAAGUGCUAAGGAAAGGGAAGCAAUCCAACAAGGCCUUGAAGACGCAAAGCAGAAAUUAUCUGGUCUUCAAAGAUCAAUUCUCUUAGUGUCAGAAGUGAAGAAGCAAGUAGAGGUGAGGGCUUCGGAGUCAGGAAGGGAGGUUGAUCAUCUUAUUGAUGAAAAUAUAGCAACCUUGGAACGUAAACGAGCACAGUUGAAAAGAGAUAUUGCUGCGUUGCGUGAUGAGAAAGUCCAACAGCUUCUAAAUCAAGAGAAGACAAUGAGUCUUGCUUUUGAGGAAAUCCAUAAUAAGGUAGAAUGCACUGAACAUGCACUGUGUCAAAUGUCUGACUUGGAGUUGCUAACCAGCAGGAGCAAAUUGUCUGGUCUAACUGAUUUCAAAGAAGUUGUUUUGCAAGGGGAGCCAUGUCGCACCAGUAAUUUUGGCAUAGACGUGAAUAAAUCCUUAGUGGUUGAGCUUAUCGUUGACAAGAUGGCUUGUGUUAGGGAUGAAGAUAGUCAACAGCAUGAUCAGUAUGUUCUCAGCAUGCUGGGAGGAAAGAAUGGACAGAUGUUUUCUUCCAGAUGUCAUCAGAAUGCCUACUUCAUUGUUUCUGUCAAGGACAGCCAAGGAAGGAACUGCAAAGUUGGAGUAAACCAGGUGAAGGUGAACAUAAAACUACCAGGAGAUGGUGAGUUACAGAAUGCCAUCAUGGGGAGAAAAGCUGAACACCACACCUUCUCUUACCACCCUAGUGUGAUGGGAACCCACACUAUACAUGUGUAUGUGGCCGGGCAUUGCAUCACCAAUGAACCAGUCAAGUGGAAGGUGGAAUCUUCAUUCUACAUUCUUGAUUCAACUUGUGCUACUCUCCCGCCAGAAGUAUAUGACCAGGACAAGGAGUCCUUGACAGGGUAUUGGUUCAAACGAGGUUGCCAUUCCUGGCAAGUGCGAAUUCUUACACCUGACAAGCUCAAAAGAUCUUCUGACCACCAUGUCUUUGAAGUGGGUGUCACCGAUGGUCAUCGUACUUGGCGCUGGAGUAAUGGUAUGAAGUACUACCCAAAUUCCUCAGCAAUUGUCAGCACAAUCAGCAACUGGCAGUGCGGGGAUUUGUUCUUGUUUUACCUUGAUUUGGAUUCGAAGCAACUUGUGAUCUACAAUCAGCGUUCACAUGAGAUGGAUCACUGGGGUGGAAUUCAUUCUCCUAUACGCCCCUACAUCAACCCACAGUCAACUGACUUCUUUGGAUUAAAUUGAAUCAAUAAUAAUACAGGAGCAUGCAUUCACACAUUCAUGUCCCCAGACAUUAACUCAUCUCCCAAAAGAAACCUCAUGCAUUUUAGACAUUAAAAAAGUUGGAAGGAAUGGGAUAAUAAGAAUGAUAAUGAAUUAUGGUAUUUGUUUACUGUUAGUAUAAAUUUUAAUUAAUAUCAGAAUUAUAACUAUGUGUUGAGUCAUGUAGUAGCUAUAAAUAUAUAUUGUAUUCAUGUUAGUGCGACACACGCUUACAUAUGCAAGAGUAGACCAUUCACCCCAGAUGACACAACUUUUCCAUUUCUGUUUCCUGAUUCCCAUCCCGCACUUGGAUGGGAAGCUAGUCCAUAACAGUUCAUGUACCCCAGUGUUUCAUGUCAUGAGUUGGUUUUGACAAUUUGUUGGUUCUGUUUUUUAAUUUUUUUAGAUGGAAAGAGUCACUGUCAGAAUAAGGUGUCUUGCUCAAGAAAACAAUGACUCUGAUCAGGGGCCAACUUUUCAAAAGCAUUCCUUACAAGUCCUUAAAAGUUGUGUCUUGGUUGCCAAUAUGGCAUUCUUGAUAGUUUUAAAAUUCAAACCUUGAAAAUAUCAGGAAAAAAAUUACAGAAUGCACUGAUUUUUGUGAUAAGAACCGCAUUACUAUUUCUUAGAUUUUGUGUGGCUUUUUUCCUGUAAAUUUACUGCAAGACUCAGUUGUAAACCCUUUCAUCUUGUGUACAAGGUGCUAAUCAUUGGCCUGGCCUGUUUUCUCAAAUCAUUAUAAUAUCAGUAAUGUAAUAAAUUUCUGUCAGCAACAUCAAUGGCAUGUAGUGUCAAAUAAGCCUUGAAUGAUUCUUAUUUAUCUUUAGUUAGUGCAGUAAUGAAUAGAAUGCCUACAUGUCAAACAUGAAGCAGUACACCAUUUUAAGAUCUAUUUUGUGUUCACCAGUUAGCAAGAAACUUCCAUUAGGCUGCCUUUUUUAAAUAUUUACAUAGUUAGGAGUUAAUUUUUUAAGCUCAAUAUUUUUUUAAGUCCUCUUAACUUAAUGUUUAAACCUCACUUAGGGAAAUCUUGUGUGGAGACCACACUUAAUGGCUAUUAAAGGACUGUAAGUAUUCAUUUCUAUAUUAUAUCCAAGUUUCAUGAGUGAAUUCAUGUAAAAAAGAAAGCUGUAAGAGUCUGCAGGUAUCUUAAAGAGUGUCCAUUUGAUGCAAAAAGUAAGGCAAGUGUGAAAGGGUGAUGGUAAGGUGUUACAGAAUAUAGCCAUUAAAAAGUGAUGGAUCUAUGAGAUCCGA